UUUUGACAAGCGUUGAGAAGGAUGGCUUACCGGAAGUGAGUGACUGACGUUUCAUGGUUUUGAUUUCCCUUCAAUAUUUCGAAGAUGACAAGACCCAAACCAGAAGAUGAUGAAUACUGGAACAGCUCCAAAUUCAGUGCCUUCACGUUUGACGACGAAGACGAUGAAUUUACAAAGCUGAAAGAAUCAAAACGUGCAGUGAAUAGCAUACUUGUUGAUGAAGAUGAUGACGAUGAUGAUGAUGUGGAGAAGGUCAGCUGGAGUGGGGAGCCCAUUGGAAGUAUCACCUGGUCUGUCAAAGAGACAGCUUCCAGCAUCCGUUCAGGUGGAGAACAAAGCUUUCCAAAAAUCGACACCACCCCUUCGUUGCCUAAACAGGGUUCUGGUUACUCCUUAAGUUCCUUGUUCAAAGGAAGGAGCAAGCAAUUCCAGUCUUUUUCUGAAUCUUUUUCUGACACUUCUACCAGAGCAUAUGCGCCAGAACUGCGCAAGCCAAAGUCAGAGUGUAAGGACUAUAUGAGUGACUGGAGUCCUGAGGAGACAGUUCGGAGAAUGCGGAAAGGAAAGGCGUUUUCCCUGGAGAGGUUUCGUUCUCUGCAGGAAAAAUUGCUGCUCCUGGACGAGGCGGUCAGCGAAAAUGAUGGCAAUGUCAUUACUGCAGUCUUAAUAUAUUUAAAGAAAUCAUUAAGUAAAGAAAUCCUCUUCCGGGAGUUAAUGUUGAGAGAAAUAGCUUUGCGGCAUUAUGUUCACUAUCUGAAAGAGAUGGGAGAGCAGAAGCUUUUGGUGGAGCUGAUGAAGGCCCUCGGCAGAACAGAGGAUAUGGCGUUAAUGCAGUACAAGGAGCAUUUGAAUAUUAAGGAUGAAGGCCGAAGACGAGACUUCCUUAAAAACUGUCUAAGUCUCCCUUUCUCACAAGAUGAUGCUACUCAUGUGCAAGAUCACUACACACUUCUGGAGAGGCAAAUCAUCAUAGAGGCUAAUGACAAGAGGGGAGAAGCAGAGAUUUUUAAGAAGUUCCCAAGAAAGGCUUCCAUCUUAAACAUGCCAAUUAUCACCACUCUGUACUACUCCUGUUUCUACCACUACGGAGAGUCUGAUGGUACUUUCAGCAGUCCAGCUAACAUCAGGAAAACAUUCAGGAUUUCAGAAAAGCAGUACAUCCUCACAGCUCUUGGAGCAAGGGCAAAGUUGAAAUCCUGGUUUGAUGUGGAUAGUUUAUUCAACACCAAGAACUGGCUGGGUUACACCAAGAAGAGAUCCCCCAUCGGCUUUCACAGAGUGGUGGAUAUCCUGCAGAAAAACAACGCCCCUGUACAGGUGUUGCAAGAAUACAUGAACCUGAUUGAUGACCCAGAGCUGAGGCUCAGCCUGGCUCAGAAAUAUAAAUGUCAUGACAUAGUCAUUGAUACAUACAGAGACCUGAAAGACCGGCAGCAGCUGAUUGUGUACCGAGGGAAAGUUGAGCGUGGCUCAAAAGAAGACAAGAAGAUUGAGGAGCUCCUCGGUAACAUGCAAAUCAGAUGGAAGAAUUGACUCUUGUGUACCCUGCAAAUUUGAGGACGACAUUUCGAAAAACAGACGUUUUGAAAUGAGCCUACUCGGAGGCUUCAGCUGACACAUGGCCACACUCCCUAAAAGGACCUCAAAAGAAAGGCUUUCACUAUGUCAAUUUCACCAUCUGAAACCAGCCGUGGUAACUUUGCCAUGAUAGUGAAGCAUUGAAAAAAACGACACCUGGGUCAUGGAUAAAGAAACGUUUUAUACUUCCUUUAUUAUCUUUGUCCUUAUAAUAUUUCCAUCUUCGUCUUUUAAUUUAUAAGCUUGUUAUGACUGUAGAGCUGCCAAGUGUCCUUUUGCCAAUGACAGCUGAACACUAACAUGCAUUUUAAGGAAAAUUAAAAGUGCAAUACCAGGAGCUGCUCAGCACUGCACGGAUACCACUGUAUUUAGUCCCCACUUACAAUGCCAUGUGUCUCUGUUUUGAACAUUCCUGAUCAAAGGCUUUUUGUAUCAAAAAGGUGAAAAUAAAAUUAUUUAAUGAAAACUUA